AUGCCGAGACCAUCACGUGACACGUACGGCGAUCAAAAGCCACCCUACUCGUACAUCUCGCUGACGGCGAUGGCGAUUUGGUCCUCUCCGGACAAGAUGUUGCCACUCAGUGAUAUCUACAAGUUCAUCACGGAUCGCUUUCCGUACUACCGGAAGAACAUGCAGCGCUGGCAGAACUCGUUGCGGCACAAUCUCAGCUUUAACGAUUGCUUCAUUAAGGUGCCGAGGCGUCCAGAUCGACCCGGCAAGGGUGCCUACUGGGCGCUACAUCCGCAGGCUUUCGACAUGUUCGAAAAUGGCAGCCUACUGCGGCGCCGGAAACGCUUCAAACUACACAAAACCGACAAGGACAUUCUGAACGAGGAGCUGGCGGCGUUGGCCAACAUUAAUCGGAUUUUCCUGGCACAAAACUCGGCCGACGCGUACUGUCCCUCGACGGCUGCCAUGCUACCGGAACCGGUCGUACUGCAUCCGGCCUCUACGCUGCUUCACUCGCCACCCCUCGAGCCGCACUCUCCUCUGCCAGCUCCCGCACCCCUUUCGCCCGCCCUGUCCACAGGAGAGACGAACCUUGCGACUCCGCUCGUUGCAAGGACUCCGCUUCGACCCAAGCGAGCUUUCACGAUCGAGAGUCUUAUCACGCCCGAGGACGAUCCGGGGGAAUCACGGGGUGGAAGUCGCUCCCCCAGUCCCAGCCCGCUACGCCCCCAACCCAGCCUUGUUCGAGAGCAGGCUCACAAGCGCUCGAGAAGGAUGAACAACUCGGAGGACAAACUAAACCUGCUGGAAGAGUCCUCCGAUCGGUUACCAUCGCUUCUAUCGAUCGCGGGCCACCCCAUGCAUCUCCACCACCACCCACACGCAACCCUACACCACCCGCACUCCCACUCGCAGCACGGGACGGCCCUACCGCCGGUGGCCAGCCUUCCGGGGGCAAAUAUUCCACCAUUUCUGCAGUACGCCCAUCCGGCAUUGGCCGCUUACGAGUUGCCGAUUCAUCCGCUGCUGAUGAUGGGUCCACUAGGGGCCAUUCCUCCGCACUACUUCCACCACAGCUCCUACCACAGUCUAGCCGCGGCCCACCACCAUCACCAUCAGCAGCAGCAGCAGGAGCAACACCAACAACUGCAUCUGCAACACGGAAGCAACGGGCCUGGAACCGGUACCGGAUCCGAAGGACGAUCGCCCUCAGGAUCCACCACGGGACCGGACAGUCCGCGAUCCGCGGGUGCCCCAACAGACCUGAGUCGGCCCUUAGGGCCAGCCCUAAGGAGCGUCUGA